CAAAGGGCGGUCACGCCAGUUAUGGCAAACUCAAACUCGAUGUCUACGAUCUGAUCGAGCUGAGUCUUUAGCUGCACCCAAUAAGGACGAGAGGGACGCUCUUAGGAGGCCAGGUUCACCAGUUGCAACACAGAGUACAAAAGCCCCAGGGGCCAUUAUUAUUCUUGGUUGCAAGGCCUCAGCAUUUUCUGUGACUCACUGAGGUUGGUAGCGUUAGAAUCCAAGGACACCCGAUUAGGACUCACGACGCUUCGAAGCCAUACACACUUCCGAGUUAGAGGAGUAAGACCUGGUUUGAACUUAGGAAUCUCCUCAGUUGUUGUUGGUUCCUCGAAGAAGACGCUUUGUCUGCGAAAAGUUGACUGCUGAUCUUGUGAUCUUGUCCCGUGAACUGCGUCUGGCUGUUCCCUACUGAGGAAAGAGGACGAAAAAAUGGCUUCUAGUGGAUUCAGCAUGCAAGUGCCGGCACUUGUCCUGCUUGGACUGGUUGCCAUGACAGUGAUGCCAGAGUGUCAAGCUCUUACGCGGGGAGAUUUUCAAGAGUUCAGAUGCCCAGUUGAUCGAUUUCUUGCGACUGCCGAGCAUCGAACGAUUAGCAGCGCCAGGUCGAUUUGUACUGCCCAGAAGAUGGAGCUCCUCUCAUCUGCCCUUCACGCUAGAUACCAGAGAGUUCGUCCAGCUUGUUUUCUGAACGCUAUUAAGCAGGCCUCUGGCAGUGAUAGGAUACUCUUGUUAGACGGAAUGGAGAAUGGAGAAUCAGCUAACGCCGCCGGUUUUGUGUGCGUAGGAGGCAUUGGCUCGGAGUCUGGCAGCUGUGAUAGCACGGAUGACUGCAUGAGAGGGUAUGCGUGCAUCCAUGGUAACUGCGCAGACAUUGACGAAUGCGCUGACGAACGCCGGUGCCCUACUGGGACUCACUGCCAAAAUCACGUAGGUGGUUUCGGCUGCAGAGAUAAUUGCAAAAACUGUACCCGUCAUGAAGAGUGCAAGAAACAGGGACAUGGCUGGACCUGCUUCGAAAACCCCCGACACAAGCAUAACACAUAG